AUGACUGACAAGAUAUAUAUCAAUUUGGCCUCUUCAAGUGAGACGCUGUCACUGCCUGCAAACCCGCCUCCAUCUUGCAAGGACGUACUUGACACUUUGGGCGUGGGCACACUGCGGGAGGGCGAUGACCUUGUGCUGCACUCACGCAUCCUGGAGGCUGGCAAGCAGUACACCUUCGUCAAGGAGGUCACAGCAGGAAUCAUCGAUGUGGAUGCACUCGAGAUCAGCAAGGUAGUCGCGUCGGGUGUGGUGGAUCCAAACCGGAACUUCUAUGUGGAGGCUGCGCAUGUGGGGCGCCUUGUUCGUGUGCUGGCUGGCAAGAGCGUGCUACUGCUGGUUGGCGCUAGGCAGUCUGGGAAAACCACGGACGCUCAGGCUGUCUUGAGGAGGUUGCACAAGGCUGGGUACCAGAUCAUCUAUGUGUGUUUGGGCGCCUUAUCCUGCAGUCCAGACUUUGACGGGGACAAGAUCUGGUCAGCCCUCCUGCGCAAGCUGAGGGUGCCUAUCGACAAGGGCCGAUCUGCCUAUGAAACCGUUGAGAGCCUGGAGAAGCUGCCAUCAGGGAAGACAUCUCUGGCUGUGGUCUUUGACGAGGAAGGGGCGCAAGCGUCACAACUUUUCACAGAGACAGAAAUUGCAGACCUCUUCCAGCAGAUAGUGCUGGAAAGGAACUACGACCCUGGGGCAAGCUUGCAAGAGUGGGCUAAAGUCAUAAUGAGUGCGACGGAGGGUGUGAAGGGCCUGUCUGGGGCAGUGUUAGCAGAGAUUGAUGGACGGUGGAGUCUAGGGCAGCGGUUCGGUUUGGGAGACCUGGUCAGCUACCUGUCGGGCAAGCAACUUGGCCUCCUCAGGCAGGGCAUGCAGAGGCCGAGCAUGAGCUUGCUCAGGGCGCUCACGCGUAACGAUGACGAAAUGCGCUGCAUAUUGACAGAACUGAUAUGCUCAGGACGCUACUCCCUAGAAGACACACCCAGCGAGGCAGCGCUGACCUUAAUCAAUGAUGGCGUCGUGAAGAUUGUCUCCUCAACGGACAAGAAGUUCAUGCUGCAAAUCUCAGCACCCAUCCUGGAGCAGCUGCUGCAGGCCAUGGCUUUGAGGGACAUCCAAGCCGCUGUUCAACUCCCUGACCCCCCCAUGGAGCUCGGACAGAGGCAAGAUCCGGCUGUUCAUGCUCUUUGCUGGGAGUCAUGCUCACCGUUUUUAGGCAAAGAUGUCAAGAUUGCAUGUUGGUCCCCACAAGCCCGAAGUGAGAGCAUACAAAGGUCGUUUGGGGUGUACUUGCUCAAGAGCGCCAUCAGUCUGCUGGAUGUACCCCGACUCUUGCAACCUAGGGUGGCAACUGCGAAGAAUCAGAUCCUCGAGUAUGCUCUGCAGCACGAAUUGAGCAGAGCCCUGGCCACUGUCUUAAAAAGCAAUGUGAAGCUGGCCUCCCUUGGUCUCGUGCUGGGAGUGGAGGUGCGCAACAGAGAGUUCACAGCCAUGGACGCGAAAACCUCUCAGGCAAAGCUGGCAGCAGCACAGCAGAGCCAGGGCCAGCACAAAAGCCUUCAGUCUCAGCAGAAGAGUGCAGAUGAGCCGCUAGAUGGCAGCUGGACAGAGAUGCCAGCCUCACAGGAGCAGCCUGCAGCCAAGGAGCCACUGGCUCCUGAUGUGAUGGAUAUCCUAGCCAAGCUGCUGGGGUCGAACACGCUUCAGGACAGGAGGCUUGACAUGUCUGUGGGCCCCUAUGGGUUCGAGCUGCUCUCCUCCGGCGCGAAGAAGGAGGUGGUGGAGCAUGCAGCAAGGAGCAUCCUGUACGCAGACAUGCACGACCUGCAGAUUGUGUUUGCAGUUCAUGUGAAGGUUCGCCGGGCGCUUGGAAAGCAGCCGCGCUUCCCUCCCUGGCCGGACCUGGGCGAUGCUGCCAAACCGGUGAUCCCCAUAAAUGUCCUGAUCGACGUGGAAUCUGGAGAAUUGCGCAUCAUGUACCUGGACACGUCCGAGGUGACGCGCAUUCCUUUGCGCGAGGAGGUGGAAAUGCUGAGCGGGCUUGAGCCGCCGGUUGGCCAGCCAGGCACAGACCGAGUCUCGGACGGCGCAGCCAGCGCAGUGGCACCAUCUCCAGCUGACGGAGCACAGGCACAGGCCGCCGCAUGCAGCCCUCUCUUCGCGUUCCAGGCCAUGCCCCAUGCGUCCUUCUCAGGCGCUUCUGCUGACAAGCCUGUCAGCCAUCGCUGA